CACAUAUUUCCUCCACGUCUACCAUCCAUCUGUUACUCCUGAUCCACCUGUCGGCAGGCAAUAGAGCCAGAUGCCCUGGAACCUGAAUGUUCCAUAAGUCAACCAGCACUCUUAGAGGAUGCUUCAGCAAUAGUCCAGCAACCUACCACAGAUGCCGAUCCCGAUUCAAACGCCCUUCUCUCGACUUCGUCGGGCAUGGCCUUUCGGGAUGGGAAUCGCUCCACCAAGCCUCCGUCCUCGCUAAGACCUCUACAGAGCUGCCAGAAGGGUCCCACGCUUCGUCCGACGAAAGUUCUGCAAGAUUCGGCGGACCAGACAGUCCGCUCCAAGAAUCCCCAGAAUCCAUACCCUUCUCAAACAAGAUCCCUCUUCCGCCUGCGGAGUCUAGAGUGCAGUCAGUCUGUCCUCGCUCGCGUAAAGAUGGUCAUUAUUCUCGAGACACGUCAAAGCUCCAAGAUGUCAAAUCGCUCUCGGACCGGAUAUUUGGUGUCGAGAAGGGUCGGCCUGGCGUGUCGAAUCAUCUAGUUUCUCGCAGGCUUCAUGGGCCUUCACCCGUUCCUAUGCUUAAACCCGAUGAGUUAGGCACUCUAUGGUCCUACCCACCAGCCUCGAAAUCCGUUGUUCUAGAGUCGGAGGCCCUUGAAACUGAUAUCAUCGAGUCCAGUGUUCCCGAGUUCGAAGGCUUUAGGACUCGUGAUGACUCUGGAUCUCAGAAAGAUCGACGAUACCUGUCUGGAGACGACCGAUUCAGCAGAAUGUGGAUAAAGCCGUACAAGAAGUUGGUGUUCCCACAAGACGGCGAUUACGCGAAGGCGCGUCAAGAGUUAGAGGUGCAUAAACAAGCUGCAACGGCUUUUGUGGGCGAUCGCAGUCUAGAGGAGCUUCAUGAAGCAUGGCUCAAGAUGCCCUUUCGCAGCAAGACGCGACGUGUCGCACAUAUCUUGCUUGGAUGCCUUGCUGACAGUGCUCGGAGGACCCUCCUCAUGCUAUCUGUUCUCGCGGUGGUCCCUCGUGAGUGGAGAACUCGAUGCGAUUGUCUUUGCUAUUUGGACAUGGUCUACCGGGAUGAGAUCGCUGCGGACCAGUAUCUUCGAGACUUGUUCGCAAAGCAAAUAGCCCUGGUCUCUCGCAUCUGGACCUGGCCCGAGGAGACGAUGCCGUUCCACUUUCUCGUUCUCCUCUUGCGGCAUAAUGACGCGGAGCAUUGCGAAAACAUCAUUGACACCCUCUUCCAGAACUCUGCACCCGUGCCGCCGCGACUGAUUCUAGUUAUGGUGGACCAUUUUACGAAGCUUGGCGAUGCGGAGCGAGCAAUAGAACUCCUCUCAUGCAUCCCUCCAGAGCAGAGGGAAGAACACAAGAUGCGGAUUCUCGACCGCUGCGCCAAGCUUAUCACAAUUGACACAGUCGAAGAAUCUGGCACUGUGGGUAACUUCAGAGCACUUCCUAAGUUGAUCGAACUUGGCAUGCCAAUGGAUGCAAAGGCGCAUAACCUUAUUAUUGAGCGAGCAAUUUCCUUGGAAGUGCCGGAUGUUGCAUGGGAAGUCUUCCGUUUCAUGGAAGCAAAGGGUAUCCAUGUCGACGAACGGAGUCAUCUUUUCUUGCUCAAAGAUAGCUUUGAGCGACAGAAUCGGGAAAAGCUGGAUGAAAUCAUGUCUGCUAUCCACCAACGCGAAGAUCUAUACAAGUAUCCUUACUUGGUAACAUACAUGAUGCAUAUCGUCAGGGUUGUUUGCACAAUCGACCGCAAACUGCCCGCUGGAAUAUCGGUGUCACAUCUUCUGGCGAUCUACGACAGAGCCUAUGACAGAGCCCCGCUUAUCAAGCUUGGUAUUGUGAAUCCUUUACCUGUCGAUGAAUCUCUUCCCAAAAGGCUUAAUGAACCUCCACCGGCGGUCCUCGGUUUUACAAUCUGGGCCUAUGUUCUCUGCCAACGAGACGAGCGACUUGUCUCAGCAUUGUGGUAUUGGAUAAUCCACAUGAUCAAACAGCAGGACCCGAGCAUUGUCGAGUGCGCUAAACAUGACAUCAUGUACAAUGGCUUCAUCCACUUCUACGCGCGCAGCCGUUUUUUCCUGAGGAAAGCUGUGGACGUGGUUGAAGCCAUGAUUGAGCGGAAUCUGUGUGCUCCCAGCGAGCGAACGUGGAGCGAAGUGCUUUGUGGCUUCCUGCAACACGGUGAAGAAGAAGCUGCGGAGAAAAUCUGGAGGAUGAUGCUGGCACGAGAUGUCCAGCCGACCGAGAAGGGGUAUGCGUUUCUCUUGGGGAAGUACGAUGAAAGCCAGCUUGCCAAGCUGGUCAGGUAUGUCUUGGACGAACGGAGAAUUCCUGAUGGGCUCGACGAGACCCUCAAGUGGCAAGAUGAUACGAAUGCAGCUACCAAAGCUGUAGAAAUAGAAGCUCUCGACUCUCAACGAUCGCUCGCUGGUCGAGAGCAAGAUGCUGAGGGAGACGGCAUUUUUGAGAGCUAUGGAUUCAAAGAUGCCAUGGGAGACCCCGCUCUUGAGGGCGCGAACAUGUACCAAUAGUACUGUAUACCGAGUACACCUGUUUAUAAUAGAAGUAUCUGAUGACCU